GUGUGUGUGUGUGUGUGUGUGUGUGUGUGUGUGUGCGCGCGUUGCCAUUCGCUCCCUGCUGGCUCUGGCUAUGAGAGAGCAGCAUCAGCCCGGGCUCAGGGGACACGCACUUCGGACAGUCAGGCAUGCUGCACCGCACCAAGUACAGCCGCUUCCGCAACGACUCGGUCACUUCCCUAGAGGACAGCUCAGGGGGCCCGACAGCUCUGCCCGCGGUCGCAAAGCCGGCCCCCUGCCCCAAUGCCACGCCGCUGCCGUACCUGGCCCCUUGGCCGGCUUUCCGUGCCCCGCACUCUCCAACGGGUGCCCCGGAGGAGGGAGCCACUACUCUCUGCACCUUGAUCCCCAGGAUGGCCGGCAUGAAGAUCAACACUUCUUCUGGCCUGCUCGCACUCAAAGGGCUGGCGCUGUCCUCCAAGCAGACCCCUCGCAGCAAACUGACUGCCGACUGCAGCCCUGGCAGGAACCCAGCAGCCUUCUUCCAGUCCCCACCCCAUGUUGACAGCGAAAGGGGGUCUGCCCAGCCUGAAGGACUACUCUCCUUCCUCAAGCCCAGCCUGGGGUGUGAAAGUCAUCUGGAGUUGGGGACAUCCUUCAACAUCAGGUACAUGGGCUGCUUGGAAGUGAUGCAGUCCAUGAGGCUCUUGGACUUCGAAACAAGAACGCAAGUCACACGGGAAGCCAUAAGUCGCCUGUGUGACUGUGUGCCUGGAGUAAAGGCAGCACUGAAGCACAGGAAGCCUCCAAAUAAAGAACUUUCAGCCAUUCUGGGCAAGAGCAAUCUGCAGUUUUCUGGAAUGAACAUCAAAUUAAACAUCUCCACAAACAGUUUGAGUUUAACCACCCUUGGCUCUCAACAGACUAUUGUCCAUCACCACAUGCAGUCCAUAUCAUUUGCCUCUGGAGGGGACCCUGACACUACUGAUUAUGUGGCUUAUGUUGCCAAAGACCCAGUUAAUCAUAGGGCAUGUCACAUAUUGGAAUGCCCAGAUGGAGUAGCUCAGGAGGUCAUAAACACAAUUGGACAAGCGUUUGAGCUGCGCUUCCGGCAGGUUCUGAACAACCCCUCUGCUCUACUUGCAACCACACAGAGGGGGGCGGUUGCUGACGGCGGCUGGUGUCCGGAGAGCUCUGAGGUUCACCAGUAUUACAACGAGAUUCCUGGCAAGCAGCCUCCCCCAGGUGGGCUACUGGAUAUGCGGGUGAAAACGGAAGCAAUCCUGGUGUCUCCUGGUGGCUGUCAAAUGGAGGAUGAGAAGCUCCAAUGGAUUGGCUGUCCGCAGAACGUCAGCACAUAUGAAAACUGUGCUCUCACCAGCAAACGGCUCCUUUCCGCUGCAGAUGCCAAGCAGGGUGUUGCCCCCAUCCCGGUGGAGAGUGUGGAGGGCGCAGAGGCGGCUUACAGCACACUAGGAGAUGCCAGCACCUUCCCAGACGUCCUCCAGCACAUCCAGGAGCUCCUGCAGUGCGAGGCCUGGUACCAUGGGCAGAUGAGCCGGCACGAGGCGGAGAGCCUGCUGAUGGACAGUGGCGAUUUCCUGGUGCGCGAAAGCAGCUCUUUGCCUGGCCAGUACGUGCUGAGUGGCCUGCAGGGAGCCACAGCCAAACACCUGCUGCUGGUUGACCCUGAAGGAAUGGUAAGAACAAAGGAUCACAUCUUCAAGAGUGUGGGACACCUCAUCCGUUACCAUAUGGACAGUCAGCGGCCCAUAGUUUCAUGUGGCAGUGAGCUGUGUCUGAAACAGCCCGUGGUGCAGAAACAACACUGACCAGCAUGUGGGAACGUGUUCGCCCUGGACAGCCCUGCGGCUCUCGGCCGAGUACUCUGGAACUUUCUACAGAGUCCCGAUGCCUGCAUGUCCUCGUCCUUUAAAGUAACAGAUAUUCUACUGCUUCAGGCACCAGCUUUAGUAACCAUUAAUUAUACUGGGUCAUGAAAGGCCACAGAAUGACUUGCAUUUUAUACUAGUGUUUCAAAGCACAAGUUUUAAGCUGUAAAGAAACCGGGUGACUCUUAUUGCUGUGUGUGAAAAUGUUCCUUUUUCUUUUUAUUUUUGAAUCUGUGCCUUGACUAGUUAAUGUGGGUCAAAGCGGUAGGUUUAUACCACAUUUUGUUAACAGCUGUAGAAUGAAUUUUGUAGUGGCUGAG